CCUUUCACGUUUCUUAUCUCUCGAACUUGAUGUCACUCAAAGUGGUGUUCACUAAAGAAUAAUCUUAUCAUACAAUGCUAUAUUUCUGAUUUCUUCUGAUGCGAGAAAAAAUGCUUGCAUACAGCUGGAUUGUUGUGUGUUACAUCUUUGCAAUAAGCUAUGGUAAAGCUCAACAAAUAGCAUGUACUGAUGCAGAAGAAAACUGCCAACAUUUGAUACAGACUUUGGAUAUCUGUAACCUUCGACCAUCUUCUGCUCUUUUUCUGUGUGCCAAGACCUGUAACAUGUGUAACACAGACCCAGGAAGCGUCACAAAUCCAACCAAUCCGAUCCCUACACAUACUGACGUAGCAUCUUCUAGUAUCCAAUCAACACUCACUACCUCUGGCCAAUCCAGCAAAUCAACUACAAGUGCACUGCUAACGUCAUCAACCGUUGUUAAUCCAUCCUCAGGUUCGACGACAGUAAGUUGUGACAAGCAUCAGUCGGCCACUAUGACGAUACCCGAUACAGAUCACGGUACUUGUUAUUACUUCUACGAUCUCAAUAAACGCUACAAGGACGCCAAACGAAUCUGCGAAGCCGAAGCCACCCACGUGGUGCAUCUAGAAUCUGACGAGGAGGAACUGAGAUUGGGAAGGCUUAUGACAGGUUACGCCCCUCAGUUCUGGUUGGGAAUGGAGGUUGUUAAUGGAGACUGGCAGUGGGUGGGGAAUGGACAGUCUAGUCCGGUCACAGAUAAUCUCUGGGAGGGUCAGCAUGACCCCCACGGUCACUCAGUGUAUGCUUACAACUCCCCUCCCGACCACUGGAAAACUGGGGACAAUAACAUGGAGUACCGGGUACUCUGUGAAGAAAAUUUCUCCUGAAAGUCCCACUGGAUGUCAGAAUUAAUAUCAAAUAAAACAGAUGUUGGAAUUAGUAUUAAAUAAAAAAUAUUUGUAGUAAUAAUCUAACAAAUGAUGACAAAAAUAUUCAUCAAUAUAUACACUCCCC